AUGGAUAUUCAACGCUUGCAGGUCACUCAUCCGAGUUAUACUGAUGUUCCGAAACGUUGGCUUGCUUUCGAAGAAAUCGCGCGUGUCUUAACUGAUGAAGAAGUGGCAUUUACAAGCGAUAUGAUUAAAUUGGCUUGGAAGAAUAUGAUGGAUUACUAUAAUCAAAUACGAAGAAGGUAUGAUCGAGCAAUCGCCGCAGGACUAAAUCCUCCAGAAUCGAAGUGGCAAUUUUACCACAUGAUGCAUUUCACAAGACAAGAUAAACCACCUGUGAAGAGGAAAUAUAAUUGGAUGCAGCCAUCAAAGAUUCCUCGAAGUGGUGAAUCGUUCGUCGAAGAAAGCACGAAUGCGACACCUCCAGCAGCGGUUAGAGAUGCAAAUGCAUCUUUUAACCAACCGUGUGACUAUUCACCAAAUUUUCAGCUUCCAUCUAUUCGAGAUGGUUCUGAAAUGAACACUAAUAUUGUCAAUAGCCGUAGGCUUAUAAUCAGAUCUCAUACGAAACAGCCAGAGAGAAUGAGAUUAGAGACUCGUCGAGGUGCCCUUAGAGAUUCAAAUCAUGAUUUAAUGGGAGAACAGCAAUAUAUGAACAGAAGUUCAGUUAGAAAGAGGGAAUAUGGAGACGAUUCAGACUCAAGCUUUGACGAAUUCGAGAGUUCUACCAUUCCGUGGUCUAGUGGGGUAGUUGCGAACCAUGAAAUGCCAAGUGGAGGCGUAAGGAAAAGUGCAAGAUUGCUCAAUGCUAAGCGAAUUGUAGUUCGGAAAUCGAUUCCAGCUCAUUUUACUGAAUCAAAAGAGAAACCUAUUGCUGCACUUGACUCAACUUCAAGCUUUGCCAGACGUAUUGCUGCUCGACUUUACAUAAUCAAGGAUUUGUGCCCUUCUAGAUAUUUAUCACUGUGCUAUGCAAUUGAUGAGGCUAUUAAAGAAGAGGAAAGAGAACUGAAUAUCGUCCCAGAUAAUUAA